AUUAUUCAGUUUAGGCUGUGGUAGUUACACCAUAACAAAAUAUUUGAUAUAUUUUGUCAAUUGUAGCUACUAGUUGAUGUUAUUAGUUACUUAUAUAAGUUAUAAUAUUGUUAAUAAUUGAACCAUACCUAAUUCUUAUUUUUUAUACAAAAAAGUUCAUUGCCGGUCAAAACUAGUUUUUAAGUGUUAUUUGAUACUUGUUUUCUGUUAAAUAAAUAAAUUUUUAUUUUAGUUUCAACAAUUUUUUUAUUAUAUAAUGGGUGGUAAAAAAGCUCCGUCUAAAAAUCGAGUAUAUGAAAAAGAACGAAGAGAUCGUUUGAAUGUUAGUUUUGAAGAAUUGCGAACUGUUCUUCCACCAUCGGACUCAAAUGCUUCACUAGGUAAAGCUGACAUUAUUAACCAUGCAAUUGAUUUAAUUCGUGUAUUACAAAAUGAAAAAUUGAAGACAUCAAGUAUCCAUAGAAAGGAAUUAAUUCGCUUACAAAAUAAAAUAACCCAUUUAUGCUCAAGAAUCAAACACCUAAUAUCCAUUUUGAAAGAAUCAAAAAUUAAAAUACCAAAAGAUAGGUCUGUUAAAAAGACCUCAAUACAAAAUAGAUCAAAAAUAAAACAUAAAAAAGAUUCUGGUGUCAGAAAUAGUAAUAUAAAAAAGUUUAAAAGUAAACAAAAAUUAGCUCAAAAAGUAAGGCCUAUUACUUUAACUACUAAACCUGUUAAUAUACCGGUUUUAACUUCAACUAAGCCUACAUUUAUUUUGCCCAAUGGACAUUUGAUAAAAAUUGACACAGCACCUAUAAUACCUCAAUCACAAAUUAUAUUUGAUAUACCCAAAAUACUUUUGUUACCAGAUUAUAAAAAUUCAGAAGUAUUAAUUGCACCAAAAAAAAAUGAUGCAACUAUUACUACAUCUAUGAACAAAAGACCUAUACCAUCAUUAGUAACAUACAAUAGAUUAUUAAAAGAAACUAAUUUUUUGAAGGAUACUAAAGUAGAACUAACUAACAAUAAAAAAGUAAAUAGUAAAUCUGAAAAUAAAAACGAAUCUAAUAAAAUACAAAAAGUUGAAAAAAACAUAAACAAAAAUAAAAUAGAAGUAAGUGAUAAACUUGGUUGUACAGAACCUGUAAAAUCAAACGAUAACAGAAGUACAACAAGUCACACAAUUGAAGCUAUAGUUAAGGAUAUCAAUCAAGAUAAAAAUGAAAAAUCUAUUGAAAGAGAAGAAAUUGUAACAUGUAGCACAAUUAGUGAUGGAAAUAAACAUUUAUUAAAAUCUAUUGAAACAGAUAAUAAUAAAACAACUACUAAUUCUCCAGAGUGUUUAUCAGCGGCUCAAACUACAUCAACUGUUGUUAAUUCAUUAAGUAUAUUAACAGAAGAAAAUCAAAGAAAAUCCAUAGAAACAGCAAAAAACAUUAUCUCUUGUUUUGAUGACAUACGGUUACCAAUACCUAACACAGAUUUUUCUACGGAUUUAUUUAGUUCUCUUCAAGGACCAGUUGGAGGACACCAUGCAGAUUCGAUGUCUCCUACAGAAGCUUUUCUUCUUUCAUUUCCCCUGGUUUCAACUUCAAAAAAUACUAAUAUUUUAAAUGAAUCUGAACAAACUGAAAUGCACUCAGCUACACCCACUACAAUAUUGCAAAUUGGUAACUUAGAAUCUCCGGCUACAGAAUUAUUCCAGAAAAAUGAUGAUGAUUGUGAAAAAGAUCAAAAUAAAGAUAAAAUGAAAGAUCAAUUUGGUUUUAAUGUCAAACCAUUCUAUAAUGAUGGGUAUUUAGACAUUAAUAAAAAGAAUGAUCAACAUUAUGGUUAUAAAGAAGUUAAAAAAUUAAAGGCAAUACCUCCACCUCAACCAACUCCUUCUACUUAUCAUAAGACAUCAUAUAAUGAUAUUUCUUCUUAUUAUAGAACAACUCAAUCAAAUUCUGAUCUUUGGAGAUAUACUAGUUAUAAUUCGUUUGAUAAAAAUCUUAAUAAAAAUAUUAAAAAGACUGAUAAAUCUACAUCUACAGUAUUUGCAAACAACGUUCCUUAUGUACCGUAUGACCUAAAUACAGUUAAUUCAACUAAUACAACUACGUAUAUUGAUACUGAAAAUUAUCAAGAAGUUUGGCCACACAAACCAAAACAGAAAAAAAAACAAAAUGAAAAGAGUGUUCCAGUUAACUGGAUGACAGAUAAAGGCUGUCAAAAUUCUUAUGCCAAAAAAGAUGACUAUAACUAUCAAAAGAAAAAUAAUUUUGAUAUGUCUUUUGAUUUGCAGUCAGAACCUAAACAAACAUAUUCAUGGUCACCAUCAAAAACUAUCCCUUUAUUACCUCAUUUGGAUACUAAUAUGCCUUCAACAUUACCAACUCUAGUAGGAGAUUUAGCUUUGAAUAUUAAUACAGGCUCUAAUACUCCAUUUGAUCAAAGAGUUUAUGAAUGUAACAAAAAAAGUGACAAUAUAAUCCCCGUUACAAGUACUGAGCAAAAUAUGCUUAAUUACAAAUCUCGUUCUGUUAAUUCAAAUUUCCUAUCUGUUAGUCAAUUAGUAGAACAACCAAAGUCUAAUGACAAACGAAAAGGAAGAAGUUGUGCAAAGGAUUAUUGUUGUGUGUACCAAAAUCAGAAAACUGAUAAAGAUUAUUAUCAAAAUCAAACCAAACAAUAUUAUCCUGAGAUUAAUACAUUUGAACAAGAUCAAUCUUGGGUACGAUCAAAAUAUUCACAUGAUUCUAGUAGAUCAACUAAUCAUAGUGCUGAAUCUUUAAUUAGACAUCAACAAAAACAUGGUUCUAUUAUAAAAUCAGGCUCAAAAAAUCAAAAUUUAACUAAUAAACAAACUAAUUGUUAUAGAACAAGUCAAAAAUCAAGUUAUAAUAACAAUGAAAAUUUUGGCAAUUAUUAUAAUCAACCCAAUAGUAAUUAUCUAUAUGAGAAUAGAAAUGAUCUAGAUAAACAAACAUCUUCAUAUCAAAUACCAACUAAUUUCUAUACUCCUCCAACAACUACAAAGCAUAAUAUUUCAAAUUAUAUACCAUUACCAACUACAUUUAGUAUGACAAGUUCAAGUUAUAAUAAACCAGUUCAACAUUUUACCCAGAACACAAAUAACUAUUAUAACAGCAGUAGUAAUGUGAAUGCUUUAACAAACUUCAAUUUAAGUACUAUAUUUCCAGAAAUGAUUGAUAAGGAACCAAAUAUAACUCCUUUAGGCGUACCAAGUAAAAAUAAUGAAUUUGAUGUUAUGAAUAAUUAUGGAACCAAUAUACAUUCAUCUUACUAAAUGAGAACUAUUUAGGUAUUGAAAUUGAAAAUUUUUAUAUUUUAUAAAAGUAAAAAUAUUAUAAGGAAACUUUUGAAAAUUCUAAAACCAUGUGUGCUACCAGAAAAUUAUUCAUAUUACCUAACGUAAAAGACUGAUAUCAAUAAAUUUUCAACUAUCAAGACUACUAUCAUGAUAAAGAAAAUCAGAAGAUUAUAAAUACUCACUAGUCUAUUCUUAACAGAUUUUUUUUAUAUUCUAUCGUGUUAUAUAAAGUGAUUCAGCAAACAUAUACACUUCUUUUUUUUCUAAAAUAAUACAAAAUCUGAAUUUCAGAGUUUUUAAAUAGACAUGAAGACCUUAUUUUUAUAUUCUUAAUAUUUUUUAGUACUACUUAAGGAGUCAUAUGCAGAUACAAACUCGUUUUUCAAAUGAUAACCACAACCCCCUUAGAUACUAUAAAUUAUUCAACAGAUUUUUUUUCUAAAACUUAUGAUGUUCAAUAAUCAAAAUAAGAAACAAGUAGUUUUUGAAUUAUUUAAAAUUCAUUACAUGAAUAAUAGCUUCACAAUAAUACUAGUUUUGAAAAUAUGGGGACUGUUUUAAAAUUUUUAGUAAUUAAUAUUAAUCAGUCUUCAUUUUUUAUAAUAAAAUCUGGUCCAAAUUUAAUAAAUACUAGGCAUAAUAAUUUAUUGUAAAAAAGGGGAGUUUUCAUUUGAAAAAUAGUAGCUUGUAUUGCCACCUCUUUAAAUAAUAUAAAAGAUCUAAAUAAAUUUAAUGUAUAAUCUAAUUAAAACGUUUUGAAAAUCGGAUUUCAGUUAAAUUCAUUAUUAAAUGGAAAAAAAAAAGGAGUGAGCAUGUUUGGUAAAUCACCCUAUAUAUACAUUGUGUAAUUGUUGGAUAUUUUUAUAGUAUAAAAUAAAUAUUAUUUAUUUAACAUGUUUAA